AUGUCCGAGAACGUGAACAGGAAAGCUUGCGACCGCUGCCACUCUCAGAAGCUCAGCUGCAAGCGAGUCGGCGACGGGGUCUGUGAUCGAUGCUUGAGGCUCAACGCCGAGUGCAAGUCGAGCCCAUCGCUCCGGUACAAGAGGCAGCUUCAGCAACAGGACCAGAUGCAAGAACAAAAGCCACAGCAACAAUCCCAGCAACCUGAGCAGUCGCAACUUUCAUACCACUGUCACCAAGACCAACAGCAGCAGCGGCAGCCACGACCGAAUUACCAGCAGGGGCAAAUUGCCACAUGCCAGAGGGCCCUCAAUUUUGAGACCCAGCCUCAUACUGAGGCGCAGGAUAGCGCAGAGGGCCGCUCCCCAAAGCGGAGGCGGACGGGAAGUGAGGUUCAUCCUGUCCAACGUGACGCAGGUAUGUGUUCCCUCACCAAAGCAGCAGCUGUUCCCUGA